CGGUAAAAUCAGCGUUAGGGCGGUACGGCAGCAAUAGAGGUCGAGCAAAAAGCAACGAGGCUAUGCCAAACUACAUAUAGAGCCAUUUCCUCCACCUCCGGAAGGCAGGAUUCAUACUUGUCGAUCUAUUUCGUGUCUGCCAAGCUACACUUACUAUGAUUGUGCGUAAUGCUGACGAGACCUUCCUCUCCUUUGUCGAGCCACCCUUGGUCUUGGGAAGGCAAUAUACCGUUUGCUGCGAGCAAACGGUUUCUUAUUGAAGCAUUACGGCCUCGCAGGACCUUGGCUGGUAGUGUUUGGCAGCAAAGAUGUCCUACGGUCAGAGCUUCAAGUAUUAUCUAGUACCGGCAAGCGAGUGGCGUCAGAAUUCAAGAAAGCGACACAGAAUGAGAGUAACAUGAUUGCAGCGACCGGUGCUAUCGUUGCCAAAAUAGCAAUCACAGCCUUAUCACUUAUGGACCUCAGUAAAACACAUUGGACUGAAAGAGGCCUCUUCAGGUUCUCUCUGGCUUCCUCAACCAUUGCCGUGUAUUACGCCAGCAGCCAGCACCGUGACUUGCUUAGGCCCCGCAGAAGUAUAGGUCUCAGAAGUACCUAAGGUAGUUAUUACUACCAUUGCCGUUUAUCGCCCCUCCCUAUUGGCCGCCUUAGAGAAAACGCGAUUCCCUCCACCGCAGAUUGACGACCUGCCCAAGCCAGCAACAGACCGACUACCGGUUUGUGUACGGAUAGCAUAGCGGCACAGCAAACGGGCGAGCCGGCCCCAGGAUCUAGGUAAUACAGCGAAGGUAUCCAGCUAAUCUAUUGCUCACCGGCUGCCCAGCAAACGCCGCGCCCGGCGACACGACCGCGACGAAACGGGCGUAAUAGAGCCCAUGCUUCUGCCCCUGGGCGGCCGGACGCGGCAAGACCUAGUUCCGCCGCCCGGGUGCAGCAGCAGCAGCAAGAACGACAACUACGCGUUCAACCCGUCAGCAAUGAGACUAUCCUCUACACACACCGCCCCUAACACCCGCCGCCAUCUCGCUACCUCACCGCCGCACCUAAGCGGUGGCUUCUUCGCCUUGCGGGCAUGAUUACGGCACGGGCCGGUGGGAGAGCAGGGG